ACUGUAUGUCAACCUAAGGUUUCCUAGAGGCACAACUCCACCGCUGGAACCUCACGGACCCAUCCCCAUGUGGGAUUCGAGCCCACUCACACACUGCCGGCGGAUACGUGAUAUGCGUCAUGCGAACGAGACGCGUUGUUUACGGAGCAACCGGAGUCGUAACCAGAGAACAAAGCCACAUCAGAAUGCUCUGCGGCUGUCGCCACUCGCAGUGCGAAUUCGCAAUCAGUUCGCAAGUGGGAACCGAUCCAUUCAGAUGGCAGCCGCAGUAGUCCAAAGUUUCGGAGGCCAGGAGAAGCUCUUCGUGAGCCGGGCCACAAUCCAGUUGCAGUUGCCCCAGGGCGGCGCCAGUUCGCCCAUCUUCGAGUGGCGCACAGAGGUGGCCACGCCUACGCCGGCGCCCGUUCCCGUUCCCGCCCACGAGGAGAAGUGCAUUAGUGGCAAGCAGAGCACGGAAGCUGCCACGCCCAAGAGCAAUUACUACACGCCCCCGCGAAUCCUCGGCACGGAGGCGAAGCGCAAGAACCUGCCCCAAACGUUGAGCAACUUCUUCGAGGCGGAGCGCCACUCCAGCGCCUGGAAUCGCGUGACCAAGUAGGCUCCUCUUCCAGUCACAAAGCGAGUUCCAAUCCCGUAAAGCAAGCGAAGGGAGGCCUAAUCGAUUAACCCAUUAAGUGCCAAGGGCUGCAGGAUAGUGAAAUUCCAUUCCGUUGCCAAAAAUUCCAAUUCAUGCCCCAAAAUUGCUUGCUUACCCAGGGAUUGGAGUGGGAUUCGAAUGGGUGGAUAGAAAUGGCCUGGAAAAUGAUAGCAAGGGCUGAACGAACUAUGUAUAUAAGCAUCCCAUGAAUAUUUAUGUGCCACCCCCUCUUGUACCCUGAUAAUGCAAUAAAAGUAUUAUUUGAUAGAUAAA